AAAUGUGCGUAUAAAAAAACUUACAAAGGGCAGUACCAUAAAGUGAAGGACUUACUAUGCAGCCAGCAUUGGUCAUGCAGUCGCUGCAAGAAACGCAGUCAUUUUUAGCUGAGUGUGACGUCACACGGCAGCGAACCGACGUCAAGUCAGGCACAGGCCCAUCCGCUGCUAUCAGUAUGGAAACCAACGUGCAGCCGAACAGGCAGCAGCAGCGCAUAUACACCUCAACCCCCAUAAACGAAUUCAAAAAGCAACACAAAUCGCAGCAGCGCAACGACGCCAUUGGUUUUUUGGAUUUGGCCAAAGCAACAACAAAACGUUACAUUCGCGUGGGCGGUGGCGGUGCUGCUAGUGUCAAGGGGCAGGAGCCGACCUUUGAUGUGCGCCUGAAAGCUCUAAUUUUGUUAUUUGGCAUUAUAAUUAUCGGGUACAGAAUCAUCACUUUAACAAUGCCCUACAUCAACGGCAGCAACGUACAGCAGCUGAGCAGCUAUGUGCAGGCACAGCUGAGCGCUGCCUUGGACUGGUCGGAGCAGCACCAAAUGCGUUCCAAGCUGAACCCACUGCUGUGGGGCCUUAUUGUGUCUGUUUUUUGCUAUGCCAUUGUUUACUUGGACAGCGCUGUGCCAGGCGUUGUUCCUCCAGCGCCCUUCUCGUCUCGCUCUAAGCAGCGAUCUCGUCUAAGGAGCUCAGCUGUGCAGCUGAACUAUUGGUGCGCGCUGGGCGCGGGAAUUAUGGUUACGUUUCUUAUGUAUGUGGAUGUGUAAUUGCACGUUGCAGUUACACAGAGAAUUUCCUUAAGUCAAAUAUGGCAGCAGUAUUAGCAUAUAACUCAGUUCCGAUUUAACAAUCGUAAACUCACCCUUUCCACAAAUGAGGGAUUAAUUAAUUUUUUUUAUAUAUAUAUAUAUAUUUAUAUAUUUGUAACUGUGCAAUGCUCCUAAAGCAAAACCUAACAGCGUUGUAUUUAAAUACGAAUUUUGUAGAAGCUAAAGAAGCUAAACGGCCAACUAAAAGGCGCGUUUAAAUCUGUCAACUUAUCAGCUAAGUAAAUAAAUUAAAUUAAAUGAAUUAUAUUAUGCUAAUAAUAUUAAUAUACGCAAAAGUGUAAAACCCAUGUGAGAGUACAAAAUGAAAAAUGUGUAAAACAAAUUCUGUUUAUAGAUUAGUAUAGCAGAUUAAAUAGUUACGAGUACUAACUAAAACUCAAUUUGAAUUGUUUUGCCAUUCAAAAACUAUAAAGUAAGACUUAAAUUGUGUAUUAAAAGAACUAACUAAGAACUACUAU